AUGGGACACACGGGUCAUGUGUUGAGCGUUGCGAUUAGUGGGGACGGAAAACGUGCUAUAUCUGGAUCGUCUGACAAGAGCGUGCGGGUGUGGGACGUGGAGACGGGAGCACAAGUCGGGGACGCGUUAGUCGGACACACGGGUUAUGUGUUUAGCGUCGCGAUAAGUGUGGACGGAAGACGAGUAGUGUCUGCAUCGGAUGAUAAGAGCGUUCGGGUGUGGGACGUGGAGAGAGGGAUCACACUUGAUACGAUAGAGGAUUGGCAAGACAUCACGAGUCGGUUCCUAAGGACAGCAAACUUGGGUACUGCCUCUCGCGAAGGACGAACAUCACAAAUAUUUUCCAGGGAGGGAAUAAUUGUGCAAAGGCGAGAGGAUGGGUCUGAAACUGUCUUGGCCCAGUUGGAGAGUCAAGUAGACUUGCGGAUAGACCACGAUAUUGGGGUCGUAGUUGCAGGGGCAGGUCAUCUGGUUGCUAUCAUGAAGCUAGUGGUCUAGAAAAAGCGAUAAAACGCUUGCCGCCCGAGACAUGA